AUGCCGUCGUCCAAUAUGGACAGUGGUGCGACGGAGCUGUCUAGCCAUGCAUGUUUUCAGGCCCGGAUGCAGACGCAUAUAAAAAAUCAGGACUCGAACUCGUCUUCGAUGAGCCACAAUACAAUGGCGAUGGCCGAGCACAUCCCAUCACCGCGCCGAUGGUCUCCCACCUAUAUACCCCGAAGGCGAAGCAGACAUAUGCCCUCGCUAUCAUUUGCAACAUCACCUGUUAUGCCCCGGAUAGAGUCGCCUGACUUUUCAACCUCACAAUCGCGGCGCCCCACAGAUCGGGCCCCAGGUUGCGUGUCGCCCUUUCGUUCGGUUCGAAAAAUGAAAGAACCAUUUCAAUUAAUGCUUCCUUCAUCCCCGGCGUCACUUGAUGGACCUACUUCCAACUUUUCUGAAAAGCUAAACAGGCCGCCGAGAACGCCGGCCGAUCACAUUUUACGAACGUGGCGCUCCGACCAAAACCUGACUUGUAGCAGUCUAGAGGGAUUCGGCCUUCUACCCAGCCCACCUAUAACAGAAUCACGCCCUGCAAGUGCCGGUCCAGAGUUAUCUUAUUUCGAUUGUCAGUCCUCAGAUGAAUCACGGCCUUCCAGUGUCGGAGGAUCUGAGAAGGUUGAUCCCGAUGCUACUAAACCGGAGGUCGCCUUAACAGCCGCAACACUUGAGGUUGGGGAAAGAAUACAGUACACAGCAUACCGUCCACCAGAUUGGAAGAACAAACCGCGCACAGGUGUCAUGAAUGUCCAUGAAGCCCACUCAGAGUUUGUACGCCAGUGCGAGUCUGGGAGGGAACAGGUGCCAGAAGCCCAACCUCCCAUCAAGCCUGCAAUCCCAACCUCAAUCCACAGCCCGAGAGUAUUUGUUCCCGGUAGCUCACCACGACCUCAACGCCCUCGAACUGGGACAGUGUCUAGUGAAGCCAGCUGGGUGCCCAGCAACUUCUCGUACUGCGAAAGGUGGCUGCAAGGUGUGCCGGUUGACAAGGUCAACGACCGAAAUUCAUCUACAAAGGAGCCCAACAAUCGGCGCAAGUUCCAGAUCGUCGAGAACGAUCCUCCAAUGCCAAAACUCGACAUCAUUCCGGGAGCAAAAGCCCUUGAAGAACCUGUAAGAUUCGUCGUCGCUAGCAAGACAAAACCGAAACUUGUCGACAUUGCUAGACAAUCAUCACCAUCGCUUCCACUACUUCCACCGUUAUCAUUGCUGCCACAUACCAUACCGGCCACCCCAGAUCAACGUCAAGAGGAAGUAUCCGCAUUUAGCCCGGACACUCCUCUUAAUUUGUCUGGCAGUGGUUAUAGAACUCGUGACUUCGACUACUCCUUUAUUAGCUACGAUGAUAGCACGGUCGAUGAUGAUGACGACGAUGCAUAUACUGAUCCAGGAUCAUUGACUUCUUCAGACAGUGUCGGAUCAACCGUGAUCUGUGAAAGGCCUGAAUCUGCGCAGGGAAAGCGCGAGACGAGUCUACAACCUGAGAUCAGAUCGGGAAGUGUGAGCCCGAAGGCAUCAUCACCACCAAGAACUAACUCACCUGGGCGGCCGGCUAUGAUGUCAAUAAACGAGGAUGAAAAACCACGGCUCUGGCACCCAAAUUGGACGCUGGACGACCAUGAAUGGACCCUAGAUGAGCUGGAACAUUCUGUCAAGGACUUUCCUCGCUAUGUGCUCCGCCUAGCAUCCCCUGUCAUGGUAUUCCUUCGCAAAAACGACGAGAAGACUCUUCUCAAGCCAUUCCGCACUAUAUUCCCCGAUGUCUCAGAGCACCUCCUUGACUGCCUAUGUGCUGCCCUCCUCGCUCGCAACUACAUCCUUUCUCUAUCAACCAUCGAGCGCACACAGUCGACCGUAUCACCGCUCAAAGACACAUUCGCCAUUGACGGCGUCCCGAAAAAAGCGUACAACACACUAGGGAUUCAGUUUCCAUCUGGAUCUGCCCAUAUGUCUCAUGACCAUAUUUUCAGCUCUUGUCCCGCCAGGCUCCAGGAACAGUUAGAUCGCAACGUGGACAACCUGCUCUUCGCAAUCUGCGGCCGAGCAGAUCCCACUUUGAGAUCCGCUGUAGAAGUCCUUGCCCAAGUACUUGAAACCAAUGCUUAG